UUUGUCUCUUGCCUAUAUUAUAACUUCCUUUCUCUUCUCUCUCUCCUCCCACCUCCCUCUCUUUCUCUCUCUCUCUACAUCUUGAUAUUUCUUUCAACAAUGGCUACGGAGAACAAAGGAAGGCCAUUGCCAAAGUUUGGUGAAUGGGAUGUGAACAAUCCCGCUUCCGCAGAAGGAUUCACUGUCAUUUUCAGCAAAGCUAGCGACGAGAAAAAGACCAAGAAAGCAUCCGGUAGUAGUCUUGUUUCAACACCUCAUAGAAACCAAAUCUCUGAUCAAAACAACCACCGUGACAACUCACAAAACUCUAAAGCCAAGAAGAAAUGGCUUUGCUUCCGUUAAUUUUCUCCCGUCUUCUGAAGAAUCCGAGGAUUAUGAAGAUGAACAAGUUACGCAGAAGAUCUCCAACAAAGUGGGUUGUGAGUUACCAAAACCAUAUCUUCUGCCCAGUCUUCUUUUCCCUUAUGAGAUAGGUGUUCAUUAUAAAGUUUUGUUUCUUCUUUUGGUUUGCCCAACAACUGUUAUUAAUUAGAGCAUAUACGUUUGUGACCUGACUCCUCCUAUGAAUAUUUUUUUUGAUGGAAAUAAGAUUUUAAAGACAACAGUUCUUUUCAUAUACACAAUGCUAUUGUUUUCUAUCAAUGUAACAAGACCAAAUUUGCAGAUGCCAUAGCGGCUGUAAUGUGUACACAUGUUCUGUUCCUAAGAUUAUGGAAAAGGCAUGAGUAUUAAAGACAAGUAACAGAAACAAAAGGGGACUAAGGUGUUGAAUAAAAGUUUGUCAUGGAGAAAAAAACAAACUCA